UGACAAUUAUUUUAUGAGUACGAGUUACUAUUUCCCUGCUAUCUGGACUUCAAAGAAGAAAGUACUGUUCGUGAUCGCGUCGUGUUCAUCUGUACCUGCAACUGUCGAACUUCGCAGUGUGAUGAGAUAGAAGUUGACGCUGUUCUAUCCUUGUGAUCGAGCGGACACCUCUGUGGAUAUUGUAAAAUUAAAUACAACUGUCAAAAAGUCGUCCCCCUGAAAUCUCACUGCGUUUGGAAACUGCGCGUGUGUUUGGAAUUAUUUGGAAUUCCAAUUCUCAGCAGAAGGAUGGCCGCACCGAAGAAAUAUGGCCUGAUCAUACCCAAGUCCAAGCAGCAGGCUGUCAAGAAACCAAUGAUCAAGCCCAGCUCAGCGUUCGGUGAUGACAGCGAUGAUGAGAACCCUGGCGCCAUCAAGGCGUCCAUCAACCGUUCUCUCCUGCAAGAGUCGGGCAAGAAAGCGACCAAUCGAGAGGCAAAGAUAGUGAUGUCGCGAGCAUUGGAACAGGACCCCAGUGUUUACCAGUACGAUGAAGUAUAUGAUAAGAUGACCAAUGAUAGGCAUUGUGUUGCUGAGGCUAAGAAAGGGCCAAAGGACAGAAAGCCAAAGUACGUACAUCAGCUGUUGAAGAACGCCGCUGCCCGCAAGUUAGAUGACGAGAGACGGCAAGAGAGGCAGGCACAUCGCGAACGUGAGAAGGAGGGCGAUGAGUUUGGCGACAAGGAUGCCUACAUCACUCCCAGCUUCUUGAAGAAACAGGCUGAGCUGAAGGCAGCAGAGGAAGCGGCGCGGCGGAAGGAGGCUGCAGAUGCUGCCAAUGACGUCACGCAGAAGGGAAACCUGAACGACUUCUAUCGUAACCUGCUCACUCGCAAGACGUCGUCCGGUGGCCAGUGGUCCAAACUGGAGUCCACAGAAGGAAAACCGUCAGCCGGACCCAAGAAGACUCCAUCAGCAGCAACAUCUAAACAAGAAGGUGAUGCACCAGAGCGACGCACACCAGCUGCAGGCACAACACAGCACCAUGACGACGAUGAUGAUCAUGCUGAUCAAGAUGACGCCGACGACGCCGAUGAUCGAGACGACGACCAGAAGUCGUCAUCGUCCGGAGAAGAAAGCGAAUCCGAGGUUGAGGCUGAGGAGAUCGAGGCCGCCAUGGAACAGGUCAAGUCCAAGGCGGACCGGGAGGCAGAGGAACUCCUCGCCAAGAAGCGUGCCCGCGAAGAGCUGCAGAAGAAGCGCCAAGCAGAGGAGGCUGCUGAAGGCCCAGCGGCCAAGCUGGAUCGGCGCAACGACGAUACAUCCAUCUUGUCCGCACGAGAGCGCUACCUGCAGCGGAAACGCGAGCAGGCGGCCAAGGUGUCCGUGGCGCCCGAGUGAGCGCGGCGCCGGGCACGAGCGGAACCAUGUGUCCGUCCGUUCCUUCGCUCGCUCGCGCUACCGCCGUCUGAUUCUGUGUUGGUAUCGCUUGUGCUUUCUUGCAUACUGUGUCACUCAGGAACCCCCCAGAAUUGCUGUACUGGAAACGUUUCGCCGACGUCUCGCCAUGUGUUCGUUCCUUCGCUCACACGACCAUCGUCUGAUUCUCUGAUGGUAUUGCUUAUGCACUGUUGGGACACAGUGUCACUGAGGAGCCUGGCUCCCUAGAACUGUCGCCGUACUGGAAACACACUUUACCGACGUCUGUACGUGGUGGACCCUUUUCCCAGCUUGCCUCCAGGAUCGUGCGUAGAAUCUUUCUGCGCGCCACUGCACCUGCAAGCAUAGCAGUGGACAUAACAUUCUACCUCCGCUUACAAAUACCGUAUGUCAGCAGCGCCUUUAAAGCCAUGGCCGUAUAAUUAUUCGAAGCACCGCUGCUUUCCUAGCUACAAGUAUUUUAGAUGCGAAAUGACUCACCCGCUACGCCAUGCCAUAAAAGUCAAAGUCCACACAGAAAUUUCAAUCUAAAUCCACUUGUUCACCUUUCCUGCUGGGAUGUAAGUUUGUUAGUAUAGUACUUAUUCCUUCAACUUUACAAAACAUGCUUCAAAUGUCAUUAAUUUUUCAUUUAUGAAGCCCAUGGAUUUGCUCGAUAAUCGAAUAGUAUUAUACCUUCAUGGCUUUAAAGGUGCGGGCGGACAGACAGUAUGCAACAGCAGAGACCGGGAUUUUGUGUAUUUGCCAUAGCAGAGACAUGCAUCUUGCGCACUUGCAUGGUUCCCACUAGCAAUGUUUCUAUACAACGAAGCGUAUAUCUUGAAUUUUGGUCUUUUGCCCGCAUGCACCUUCUGUUUGUGCAUGGUUUCUGCUGGAAAUUUCUAUUCGACUACUACAGUGGAGAUCGGAUAUAACGGCCUUGCAUAUAACUUGAUAUAAGUAAUAACGGCAGAUUGAGUUUAGCGACACGAUUAUGUUGCCCAAGUCGUUUAGUAAGUCCUUUGUGAAGAUUGGGUUUAGUGACAGAUCGAAUAUAGUGACAUUUUGUUCUCUUCCGAAGGAGUGUUGUUAUAUCCAAUCUCCACAAUACUAGACCUUUUUUU